AUGUCAUUUGAACAAACAUUGCAACCAAUUUGUGACAAUGUUAGACAUAAUAAUGAAUCAAAAACAGAUGAUUCAAAUAUGCAAUUAUCGUUUAAAGGGUGUUGUUAUAACACUUUUAGUAAAAUUUUGAAACGAAUGGGCUAUAAAUACAGUUAUAUUAUAAGAGAGGAGAUUAUCAACACUCCUAGAAUUCAGGAAAAAAUUAAGCAAUUUUUUCUGAAUAAAAAUGAAAUAAUUAAAACUAUUGUGACAAAUGAUGGCACACCUGUAUUUGUGUGGCUUGAUGAGUGUUGUUGUGAUAAAAACAUUGUACCAAAGAAAACAUUAGUGACAAUUGACCCAAAUAAACGUGAAAAAACUAAUAAAAGUUGUGGAAAAGGGCCAAGAUUUAGCGUAAUACACGCGGGAAAUGAAGAUGGAUUUAUUAAUGGCGCCUUAGAUAUUGUUUAUAAAUCUGAAAUCAAUGCCGAAAUAUUUGAAAAUUGGCUGAAAACUAAACUAAUGCCUAAUUUAGAGAAAAAUAGUGUUGUGAUAUUUGACAAUUGUUCUGUACAUAGUCGUCAAUAUAAUCGAAUGCCAAACACAUAUGUUAUUAUACAGUGGUUGUAUGACAAUAACGUGCAUUAUGACUCAAAUAUGAAUAGAAAACAAUUGCUUGAAAUAGUAAAAAACAAUUCAAAGCCACCACAAUAUUAUUGUGAUGAUAUUAUUAGAAGUUUUGGAUGUUAUCCACUUCGGUUGCCACCAUAUUGUUGCGACUUGAAUCCAAUUGAAAUGCUUUGGAACGAUUGGAAACAAAUUCAUACUCAACUGGUUUAUAAGCAAUAUUUAAAGUCAAACAUAGUUUUUAUGUAUAAUUUUUUUGUGAUAAUAACUGGUCAUCAAUCUAGUCCUCCUAUUGAUUACCGUCGGAUCAAACAUGUGCCACAUUUACGACAACAACAACAACUUCUUCACGUUUAA